AAAUAUCUUUUUUAGUGUUUAACUGAAGAAAGAAACAAAUACAAGUUUUGUAAACACCUGAGUGUGAGUAAAUAUUGAGUUAAUUUUCCUUUAACACCGUUAUGUUUUUCUAUUUUUGAAUCAAUUCAGUCGAUCUACAGGUCUGGUGGAAGCAUUUUUAACUUAGCAUAAAUCAAUAAUAAAUAAGAGGUAAUGAUAAUUUUCAUAUUCAAUAUAGUGAGCUAGUGCUUUAAACAGUUGUUUUACCAUUUUUGAUUACAUUUAGUCAAUCUCCAAGUCUGAUAGGAGCACUUUUAGCUUAGCUUAGCAUUAAAUCAAUAAUAAAUAAGAGUUAAUGAUAGUUUUCCUGUUCAAUAUAGUGAGCUAGUCCUUUAAAUAGUUAAGUUUUACCAUUUUUAAAUCCAUUCAGUCAAUCUCCAGGUCUAGCAGGAGCACUUUUAGCUUAGCUUAGCAUAAAUCAAUAAUAAAAAAAAGAGUUCAUGAUAGUUUUCCUGUUCAAUAUAAUGAACUAGUCUUUUAAAUAGAUGAGUUUUACCAUUUUUAAACCCGUUCAGUCAAGCUUUUACUUUGCAUUUUACUCAACUUUUAGCUUAGUUUAGCAUAAAUUAACAAUAAAAAAAGUUACUGAUAAUUUUCCAAUUCAAUAUAGUUCCUAGCCAUGUCAACCUAUAAAAUAGAAGCUUUUCAUUUUUCGUCGGUCUUAGCACACGAUGUAACAAAAGAAGAGUCUAGAAAGAAACUGUCAAAACUUUUUUAAACAUUUUAGAGCGAGAUGCUACUGAUCUAAUCUAAUUCAAUGAUUUAUGACCCAGAGAUCAGCUGAAUGGAUUUCCAAAAAUUUGGAGUAUUUCUUUAAAACAAGUUUUUAACAGAUCACCUUUUAUACAACAAAGACAUAAUAAUAAGGCUAUCAAGUAGCUUUCUAGUUAACUCAAAUUACUAAGCCUUUUUUGACACCACUGUUUUUGUAACCACAGACUUCUGCUGUGUGAAAUGAUGACAAAACGAUAAGGCCCUAAAUAUCACAUUUCCUUGCAGAUCUCCGAGAGACGGUGUAUGAAGAUCAGGGGGAGGAAGCAGAUGAUGAUAGCAGAGUUAUCUCACCACAUUUGCAGCUUUGUGCGGAAUGCCUGAUGUUACUGAUGCCUCUGGACUGGAUGGCCUGAAGAGCGCAGAGGAUGAUGGGAAAGUGCCUUGGCUGUGGCACGUGAGCAUUAGUUUGGAUUCAGGCCACCACUGCAACGGGGUGAUCAUCCAGGCACAAUGGAUCCUCACUAAUGCACACUGUGUUAAUGACCUGGAUGAAAGACUUCUGAGAAUUUUAUCAGUGACAGCACAUGGUUUAAAUAAACAGACCCGUGAGGUGUUCAGAGUAUUCGUAAACCCUCAAUUCAACUCCUCUUCUCUGGACUAUAACGUGGCUUUGCUUCAGCUCAGCUCUCCAUUAAAUCUCAGUGGAAGAACACAGCCUGCUUGUCUACCCUCUGCUGGUCAGGAAAUCCCACCCUCUCUCCAGUGCUGGACUCCAGUGUGGACCGGCCAAAUGUCAGGACAUGAGCAGUGGCUAAAAAUAUCUGUGAUGGAACGCGCAGUGUGUGAACAACACCAAAGAACUAGGCUGACACCUACUUUGCUGUGUGCUGGACUGAGCAGUGGAGAUUCAGGCGUGCCUUACUGGAACAGUGGAUCUCUCUAUUGUCUGACAAACACAUCUGGUGUUGUUCUGAUGGGACUCAAGAGUUGGGGAGAAACUUAUGGUGGAACGCAGAAGCCUGCGGUUUAUUCUUCAGUUCCAGCCACAAUGCAUUGGAUCUCGCAAAUGUUGAACACAGAGUGAAAACUCAAAGUUAUUAGCAUAAAAGCCGCUGUGAUUCAAUGCUGAUAAUUAGUCGACAUCAAUAUUUUUAAUCGACUAAUCAUUUUAUAUUAUUUUACCUUUUAAUUGUCAUUUUCAUGCUUUAAUUAAUAAAAAAUGAGCAGUGCGAA